ACAAAUUAAUCAAUAAAUUUAAUUCUUAAAGAAAUACCUAUUUCAAUCGAUUGACAAGUUUUCCUUUAGGAAAGUUUCUCUUCCACAUAACAGUUGGUGCUCUGUAUAGUGGAUAUUUCAGAAAAAAACGACAAAUCAUUAAAGUGAACCUGCGAAAUAAUGGUGAUGAAAUUUGGACACCUUUUAAACGCCACCAAGCCAUACCAGAUAAUUUUCUGCAUCUGUGGCAUAGCUCCGUUUCCAGUUGUUACAGAAGAAGCAUUAAAUCGCAGAAUAUUUUCAGUCCUAUUCUACAUUUAUAAAUUGUUUCUUACCGCAGCAACACUUUUUACCGCCUACGAACGCUGUCGAUACAUUUCCAUACGCAACAGCACAGAUAAUGAUUAUUUAACAAAUGGCCUACACUUUGCUCAGUUCAUAACGCUAACACUCAUCCAUUCUAUAAUGCACGUGAUUGUGUUUUUCAAAUACAACGAGCUUAAACGAGUCCUUUUUGAAGUUAUAGAAAUCGAACAGGAUACGUUACACAUAUCGAAUAAAAUGCAUCAAUUCUGCUCACGAUUUACAUUCAAACGGCAAUUGCUUUGUGUUUCGGGUCUGAUGCUUAUAACGAUACUCCUGACACCGUUAAUGUCCAUUCACUCGUAUAUGUCAGAUGUGAUCCCAGUUUAUCAGUGGAUCAUAAGUAUUUUCUCGGAAAUCGCAAUCCGAUGUAAGAGUGUUGAGUUUUGUGUGUUGGUGCAAGUUUUCAAUGAAUUGCUAAGCGAAUUAUUCGUUUGUAUCAAUGAGUUGCAAAAGACUUUUAUCAAUUGCGAUGAAGAUGGGAAUAUUUUUACAGAACGAAUGAUUUUGCAAAGGAGGAUUCAUGUGAUUCAAAAUAUUCAAUCGAAAAUAUGGAAAACGGUUAAUGCAUUUACUGAUUACUUCUCACUCACAAUACUUUGUCAAUUCGUUUGGAAUGGUGUAACUAUAACGAAUAUUAUCUAUUGGGUGUAUGUGAAGUUUAAUGAAGCAAGUUUGUUAGUUAAUUUAUCAAGGAUGUCCAGUCUUACUUUUCUUCUGCUGGAUAUACUAAUACCUUGCUACCUUUGUGAUGUAUGUAUUCAAACGUAUGGAAAAAUUAUACGAAACAUCCAUGACUUCAAGCCAAACGAUACAGAUAUCCUUUUGAAACUCUGCCUAAGGGAAUACUCGUUGCAGCUCACACAUCAGAAGUUAAUAUUUUCCUGUGGUGGUUAUUUCAAUAUAAAUUUACAAUGUUUUGGUGAAAUUAUUCUUGCGAUUACUACCUAUAUUGUUAUACUGAUUCAAUUUAAACUACAAGGCGAAAAACCAUGAAAGAAAAAAAUAAAAGAUUAAUACAAA